AAAAGCUUCUAUGAAUCAAACCGAAGUAAUCUCAGCCGUUAGAUCAGGAAAGUAAUCUCAGCCGACUAAACAAUCAAAACCUAACACUUUUAUUUCCUCCGUCUCUCCGAUCCCACAUCCAAGCCAGCGCAACCACCACAGCCAUCAUCUCCGGCUGUAUUCCGGUCAAGGAUCAGCGAUCGGUUUCCCUUCCCUCCCAGCCCCGAUUCCAGCUGAACUCCUCUGUCCUUCCACUCGAUCCAGCUCUUUAUUUUUCUCCUUGAUCGGGCGAAUUUCCUUCUGCCGCUGUUCACACCAUUUUGCUGCCGAUCAACGGCCAAGAAGUGUAACGCAGGCCACCUUCCUACCAUUCUUGGUCUCCACACCAUCACCGGUUCUGUUCUUUCUGUCUUUUGGCCUUUCCAUCAUGCGAUUCGAGGGAGAAGUGAAGACAGCCGCUGUUCGGCCAAACCUUCCCAUUUUCUAGCGACUCCCUACAAUCAGUUGCUUUUAACUUGCUGCGAUGGUCCUAACUACUAAUUGUAUCUAAGCUUUUAUUUACCAUCCCAUGGCCUAAAACCAACUGAUCUAGCGGUUCGUCAAAUUGAACUGGAUUGGACUCUAUAUUCACCAAAUCUAAAACCCUACUGAACUCAAAAUACCCAUACACUUUUUUUUGCUUCCAAUCUCAACAAUGCUUUCUCGUCUCCUCCCUAAACCCUCCCAUUUCCGUCUCUUUUACAAUCUUUCUUCAAAAUCCCAUUUCUAUCCCCCCUCACCUCAGAACUCCAAUUUGAAUCUCCUUCUCAGAUCAUUUUCCACAAAUAAUAGUAACAACAAUAAUAAUAACAGCAGCAAAGGCCAAUCGACCUCUAACAUAUGGAAACUUUCUCCAGAAAGUGAUGAAAAUUUCAACUCAUUUUUCACUGAAGGUUCCGCCAACGACCUUGUUGGAAUUACUGAUUCUCCUCCCGCUGAGGAAGAUUCAUGGUUGAAGGAGAAUGACAGCAAUGAUGACCAAGAUAUAUUUGAGGCAGAUGAUAAGGAGUAUGGGAAGAGGAAUGGCGGUGAUGGUAACAAUGAGUGGCUAACAUCGGAGGGGUACGAGGUGUGGAAUUUAGAUGAAAAGGAAGAGGAGAAAGAUAAUGUGUUCGAUAUUGGAGAGAUUGUAUCGCAUGCUAGUGAAACUGGGAGUGAAACUCUUGUGCAUGUGAAGAGUGGGGACAGUGAAGAGCAGAAAAUGCUCGAGAAAGAGGAGGAGGAGCUCACUGCUGUUCUUAAAGGUUGUAUUGGUCCAACAUGUCUCGUUGCAGGUCCAAAUCAUGCAUUUGGUGACCUAAUUGCAGCAUCCGGAAUCACAGAUGCUAUGCUGGACAGUCUGAUUGCCCUGAAGGAUUUUGAAGGGGUUGAGGGUUUGCCUCCUCUAAGUGAAAUAGAGGACAUGCGUUAUGGAAAGAGCACAAGAAAAUCUACAAGGGCAGAAAUAGAGCGUCAGAAGCAGGAGGAAGUAGCAAAAGCUAGAGUAAGACAAGUAGAUGAGAAAGGAAGAGCUUAUGGAACAGGAAGAAGGAAGUGUAGCGUGGCUCGUGUUUGGGUUCAGCCAGGCAGUGGAAAAUUCUCAGUUAAUGAUAAAGAAUUUGAUGUCUAUUUUCCAAUGCUUGAUCAUCGUGCUGCCCUGUUGCGACCCUUUUCUGAGACAAAGACUUUGGGUCUCUGGGAUGUCAAUUGUACGGUUAAAGGAGGUGGUGUUUCAGGUCAAGUUGGAGCUAUCCAGCUGGGGAUCAGCAGGGCCUUACAAAGUUGGGAACCAGAUUUACGUCCUCCCCUAAGAAAUGCUGGUUUCUUGACGCGGGAUCCACGUGUGGUUGAAAGAAAAAAACCAGGAAAGGCAAAAGCAAGAAAGAGCUUUCAAUGGGUUAAACGUUGAUCGAUUAUCAGAAGAUUGCUGUUAUAGACAACCAUUUUUGUAUCGAAAUCUGAUAUUCACAUUACUACUCGGUAGCACGGAGAUUUGUUAGCUUGCCUCAAAUUUCUUUUGUAACUUAGCUCGCAGCCAUAUUUACACCAUGUUUUGUUUGGAAGAGCCUGUGAAAUUUCUGUUAUUUUACCCCAAUUCUCUAUUUCCCCAUGCUUUUCCAACAUGUUAACCUGUCUUGGGCAAUAAAAGGAGGAUUAAGGACAAUCUUUACUUUUGCUAAGAGAUCAACAACUCAAGUUGUUAACACUCUUGCUGGAGUAAUUGAUUUGUGUUUUUCUGUAAAGAUUUCCUAUGUUUCAUUUGAAGAGAAAAAAAUUAGCUAAAAUAUUUCCUGAUUA